AUGUCGUCCAACCAGCAGCAACCCCUGCCCUUCAUCUACCAAUUCGCCGCCGGUGCGGUGGCUGGUGUGUCGGAGAUUCUUGUCAUGUACCCGCUGGAUGUGGUCAAGACAAGAGUUCAGCUCCAGUCAGGUGUUCCGGUCCCGGGCCAGGACCACUAUACCGGCAUGCUCGACUGCUUCCGCAAGAUUGUGAAGAACGAGGGAUUCUCCCGUCUCUACCGUGGUAUCUCGGCGCCCAUUCUGAUGGAGGCGCCCAAGCGUGCGACCAAGUUCGCCGCUAAUGACAGCUGGGGCACCUUCUACCGCGGUCUGUUUGGCGUGGAGAAGCAGACGCAGGGUCUGGCUACGCUGACCGGCGCCACGGCUGGAGCAACAGAGGCGUUCGUGGUGGUUCCGUUCGAGCUGGUGAAGAUUCGUCUGCAGGACAAGGCAUCGGCGGGCAAGUACAACGGCAUGCUUGAUGUGGUCAAGAAGAUCGUGCAGACCGAGGGCCCUCUGGCCAUGUACAACGGCCUCGAGUCGACGCUGUGGCGCCACAUCUUGUGGAACGCCGGCUAUUUCGGCUGUAUCUUCCAGGUUCGCGCACAACUGCCCGCGCCCGAGCCCGGCAACAAGAGCCAGCAGACCCGCAACGACCUGGUCGCCGGUACCAUUGGUGGUAUUGCCGGUACGAUGCUCAACACCCCGAUGGAUGUCGUCAAGUCCCGCAUCCAGAACACAACCAAGGUCCCCGGCCAGGUGCCCAAGUAUAACUGGGCCUGGCCCGCUCUCGGCGUCGUUAUGAAGGAGGAGGGCUUCGGCGCCCUGUACAAGGGCUUCAUCCCCAAGGUCCUGCGUCUUGGCCCUGGUGGCGGUAUCCUGCUCGUCGUCUUCACGGGCGUCAUGGACUUCUUCCGCAAGAUCCGUGCCGAGUAA